UCUUCUUCAUUAUAUUCUUCUUCUCCAUUUUUCCGUUUCUGCAUAUCUCUCGUCUCUCUGUCUUCUUCGAAUAUCAUAAAAAAGGAAGGGCUCAAUUGCAAUUUUGGAUAAGUUUUGCGUCGUGCUACAGUGCUACUCCAAAGAUGGCGUAGUACUGUUCAAAAACUCAAAAAAGGACAACUUUGGGAUGGGUUAUGGGGUAUUGUUGGAGCUCAAUUCCAGCCAAAAAAAUGGGUUUUCCAGUAUGGUUGGGAUGCCCUAAAGAACGGCAUAUUUGGGUCAAAUAUUCAUUAAGGAAAAAAUUGGUUGAGAACUGAAAGGCGCAGCGCGGCGGAAAUUGUCGUCGUUGCAGUUAAGCCCUCCCAAAAUUGGAAGCCAAAAUCUUGCCCAACAAGAAGAAAUGCAGCAACGCCUCACCCUUGUCCACAGUGCCAACCAACCCAUGAUAAACCUGCAAAAUUUCGUCUUGGCACUCGCCCAAGCUCGCCCAAUACCUCCCUCCGCCGAAACCCUCAUUCGGGAUCGCCUUCACCGCUUUAUUUCCGACUACAGAACCCCCGACCACCCAACCUACUCUCAUGAUCUCGUAUAUGAUACUUCUGUGUGUAUGUGAGAUGGAAUUUGAGUCCAUAAUUUGUUUGAAAAUUUUAAUAGAUUUGUGUAGCAUUAUGCCUCCUAUUUUUAAUUGAGCUGGUCUCCCGUUGAGGAUGGGGGGAAGGGAGGACUGAGGAGGGUGUGCGAAUCGAAGUUUUCGCCUUUUUAGUUAUCUGGUUGAAGUUUAUCAUGGCCUAGAUUUUGUUUUCUCGUUGUGCUUCUCAGAUGAUAGAAAAUGCUCUUGGUGUAUUGAAUGAGAAAGGAGGCUCCUCCCAGAAAUCUAUAUCCCAGUAUCUCGAGAAAAACUACGAUAAUCUGCCUUGGGCGCAUGCCGGUUUGCUGAAGCAUCAUCUGCAGAGGGCUUGUCAAGAAGGGCAGGUUAUAAGAAGUCGCAGAAACAAAUAUCGGCUUGCUAGGGAUGUGGAUUCGGGUACAAAAGUCAGCAAGAAGCCACGACAGACGAAUUGGAAAUGGGAGUGUGAGGCAGAGAAGCCCCAACAGCUUAAGAUUAGACUGGUCAAGAAGAGAAAUGACGAGAGCGAAACAGUCAAGGAAUGUGAUGAGAAAGAAGAAGCUUUAACAGAAAACAGUGAGGAUCAGACGAAAAGUUGGCUAUCUUGUGUUGGAGAAAAAAGUUUCCAUACCAAUUCUCCUUCCAUUUUGCAAGAUGGCAUGAUUGCUGCCGCUGAUGAAAAGAAAUGCUCUGAAGAGGAAGACGGACCUUGCUCAGUUGCAGAAGCCGGCAUUCAUACACCAGAGCAUCGAGUAGACCAUGAGCAGCCAGAGCCUUCCACUCCUGAAAGGCCUCCGGGUCUUGAUUCGUUUGGAGUUGAGAAUGUACAUGAGUCAGAUGUUGUGGAUGUCAUAAAAGGCCACGAAGAAUCUGAGUUGCCUGCAGUGCUUCAGACUGAGCCAGAUAUGAUGACUAUAGAUUCUUCUGAGUUUGCAUUGUUGAUUGAACAAGAACCUCAAGAACAACCCCCGUUGCCAAAAGAAGAGAUUUUGCAAGGGAAGCAACUACGAAGGAGUCUGAGAACUCGCCCCGCCAGACCCCAAAUUUCUCGAGAUAUAGCUGCAUUGCUGCCAAUAGAUUGUCAUAAAGGGCAUCCAGUAACAGUCCCCAGGCGUCAAAGGAUGUUGUUGAAGCAAAGCCCUAGGAGCUGGCCACCCACAAAAGCCACCUCUGUGGAUAAACUUCAGGAUUCUCCCAAAUCUCGAAACGAAAUAAUGCCGCGGCUACUCAAACCUGUAAAGUAUGUGGAUGACUGCAGAGAAGAGGAGUUCAAGCAAACGGGAUCCACCCAUGUGCCUAAACCGCAUCUGCACAAAGCGCUAAAAGAACAACAGCUUGGAAGACCACCAACACGUCGUUCUGCCAGGCUCCUGAACCAAACAUGACGCAUCCUCAUCAUAUUCAACGCACUUACUUGAAUUUGGAUGAACAGAGUCUCAGCAUUCCACUUAAAGCCCCAAACGUCGAAGCCAUUGGAGACCUGCUAGGGUCGGAUGCAACCUUAAGCCAGCUUAGGUGACUGGAGGAGGCUUCAAAAGACUGAUUUUCAGUUCAACCUAGGUCUUUAUUUGAUCACUUAUUUGUUUAUUUAUUUAAACUAAUUUAAUGCUUUCUUCAAUAGCUACUGAUUAGUUCAUUAUAAGAUCGUUAUAUUACUUUCUAACAUUUCAUUUCUGAACUCAGAAACAAUGCUGGCUAGUCAGCAAACACGGUAAGAGAUGAAAACAUCAAAUUUUCCCUA